UCCUUCCCAUCGAAACGCUCCCAUGGCAACCCAUCCUUCUCCCCCGCAAGGGGUGCCAGUGGUUGUGCUUUUGGGGCCAGUAGGUGUUGGGAAAAGUUUGCUUGCCUCUGCUUUAGCAGGACUGCAGCUGCAAAAUCCCAUUUUCCAGGUUGGAGAUUCAGCGCGAGCAGUGACUCUGGAAGCUACAUGCCACCGUGCCCGGUGGUUUGGGCGAGCAGCUGAAGAAGAAUUGGUGCUGCUGGAUCCCCCUGGGGUCGGAGAUGGUGACUGCGACGCAGCAAGAUUGGCCAAUGUGGUGCGCAUCAUCAGAGACUUGCAACACGUCAAUGUCUUCGUUGUGGUUUUGAAUGCGGAGCAGCCACGGAUUGGAAGCGUGCUGGAGAACCUGCUGCGCCUCAUGGAGGAAUGCUUUGGCAAACGAUUUUGGAGGCAUGUGGUGUUGGUCUUCACGCGGUACUACACAGACCCGCGAUCUGCUCGGAGACGCGGGAACAAGACCCGUGAUAUGAUGCGCGAGGAGUUUAGUUCGCUGUUGGCCGCACAGUUUCCCAGCUGUUUGGAGGAGCGGAUUCCACAGGGCGAGCCCUUCCCAAGUUAUUUCGUCGAUUCUGAAGCAGUGGUGAACGAAGAUUUGCCUGAAACUGAAAGGAGUGCAGCAAUUAUGGAAGUGGAGCGCCUUUCAGUCUUCGCGCGUUCAUCGCCGACUUUGCCAACCUGCUCUGGCAGUGAGUGUGGCAUGUCUUACAGCCCACCGAGCGCAUCUUCAGGAAGACCUGGAGCAGAUGUGGUUCAAGAACAUUUGUCAGACAAGGAGGAUGAAGAACUUGAGGAACUUUCGCUUCGAUCUUGGGUCGUUGUUCAAAAUUUGGUGGGCACACCAUCCCUCAACGGUGCCCAUGGAAUCAUCGACGAGUUCCAGGCCGAGAAAGGACGCUAUGUGGUCGAGUUUGCGAAUGGCUCCAGGAAGUUGAUCCAUGCAAAGAAUUUGAGAAAACUACAAGAUCAGGAACCCGCAGCCAAACAAGCCAUUCUGAAGGAAGGGGACCUUGCAGUGAUCAACGGCCUCAAGGAUGCUCAGCAGUUAAACGGACAGUUCUGCAAGGUAAAAUGGCCCAAAGAUGCUGACCGCUAUGAAGUCCAACUCGUUGAUGGCACCGUGAAGGCGGUGAAGGUAUCUAACCUCACAGCGCUGCCCAGGCCAGGAAGUCUGGUGACCACUUCGAAUGUCGAGGAUGUGAAAGCGGUCCAAAGAGGACCUGGCUGGAUGUGGGGGGAACAAGAUGGUGGGGCUCGCUGUCUUGGGCAUAUCCUUGAGUUUGACAAGGAGACUGGGUGGGCGACCGUGCGCUGGAAUAGCGGAAGGACCAACAAGUACAGAUUUGGAUUUGACGGCAAACAUGACCUGCAGUGCGCAGAUCCAUUUAAACAUGAGGUUGAGUGCUUGGAAGCACUGGCCAAAGGUGGUUCUGCACUUCGCAACUGGCACUUGCGCCGAACUUUUGCUUAUGCUUGCGGAGUAAAGGGUCCACACCUGGAGUACUUUGACAUUCGUGAAGAAGUCUGUGAAGCACUUGGUGGUCACAAACAUGGACAGCGAGUUCAAACUUCAGGGAAACAAGCUGUCACCAUUGGAGUUGCCCCGCUCGACGAAGAGCUGGACCGACCCAAGCUGUUUUACCACGUUGAUGGCUCAGCAGGUGCUGGGAUCUUUGACGGCCUUGACACCCGAAAGCUCAAAGUCGUUGGGCGCCAAAAGGUCCGGGAGCUCACGAAGGAAAGGCCGAUUGACAACCUUGAGUUGUAUUCUCUGAGCAAAGAAGUGUCUCCCACUUUUCAGUACCUGAAUGCUGCAAAUAGCUAUAGAGCAGCAAAACUUGAGCGCUUUGACAUCAGAGAUUCAAUUUGCCUGAAGGUUGGCGGCUUCAAGCAUGGUCAAGUGGUCACCCAUCCAGGAGUGACGACAACCACAAAGCUUGGUGUUGUCAUUGGCGUGCGCCUGAUAGAUGACGUUCCCAAGCUGUUCUUCCACUGGGACGGAAAGCCGGGAGCUGGAACCUUUGCAAGUCUUGAUACGCUGCAACUUCAAGUGGCCGGCUCUCGAACACUCCAAGAGGCGCCAGACGACUUCCUGGAUGAGCCAGAACCGACCCCUGAAGUUCGUGAGCUGACCAAGGAUCUCCAGUUCACAUUUAGCUUCCCCAUGGGCACGCACUUUCCGAAGCCAGGCCUCUUCGACAUUCGAGAUGACGUUUGUCUUGGGGUUGGGGGUUUUCGACAUGGGCAAGUGAUAGAAGAUGAAGACGGUGAUCAUGCUGUGGUUGUUGGUGUGCGUCCUGAUCAGGAUGGCGUUCCAAAGCUGUGGUUCAAAUGCGAUGGAAACGAAGGUGCUGGAGUCUAUUCGAUCUACCAUCUUGUUCGGAAAGAAUUCAAGCUUGUUGGAACUAGAAAGCUUCACGAUGUGUCGCCUUCUGACCCAGUCUUUCAAAACCGAGGAAAUAAAAAGUCCAUGUUGGAGAAAUUGUUGAAAGGCUUUUCUGGGCUCUUCGAACGUGAGCAGGAAGGAAAGCUUGAUAGUGAUUUCGAGUUUGACUACACCUUUCGCUAUUUGCAGAAGAGUUGCCACCCAGCGCUUUUUGACAUCAGAGACGAGGUGUGUAUGCCAAUUGGCGGCUUCAAGCAUGGUGAUCUCGUGAAAUGCGGAGGUCAUACCAUGGUGGUGAUUGGGGUGAGACCGGAUACCUCAGGAACCUCCCGUCUUUGGAUGCAUGUAGAUGGGUCUCCAGGCGCCGGUGUAUUUGAACACCAAGAUUUUAUCCGCAUGGCUGGUACGGUGAUCGGUAAAAGAAAAGUCGAAGAAUACAAAGAUCCUGUUUCUGCUUGCCUCCCCGAGUUCGUCCAAAAUCUCCAGCCCAGCUUCCGCUAUCCCAUUGGUGUCAGAGGACGAACCCGCUUGGCGAUGUUUGACAUCAGGGAUGAAGUUUGUUUGCUUGUUAGCGGCUGCAAGCACGGUGAGCGGUUGAAAUACAAGAAGUUGGAGAUGAUCGGCAUCGGGGUUGUGAUGGAUGAUGGCGCGCCAGAGAUGUUUCUGCACGUUGUGAAACCAAAGCGCUCUCCCGGCGCAGGAAAGUUUGACCGCCUGAAAAUCAUGCGGCCCUUCAUGAAAUCUCUUGGUCAGGAAGCCGUUCAAGAAGCUUCAGGAGACAUCCUGCCAGAAUGCUCAAUGCCAAGCAUGUCUUCAUCAUCAUCGUCUGAAGAUGACUUUGACAUGUGCGCCAGCUCAGAGGACUCAGAGGUCUCACAGGAUGAAGGUCAACCAGUGCCCAGUGGGGUGAUGCCGUCUCGAGUCAGUGAGCCGGAUGAGGGGCAGGUUGCUGGGCACGCAGUCCUGCUGAGCUUAUCCCAUACUGGAGCCAAGGUCAAAGAUGUGUUGCUCCAUUCACAACACCUUGCAGAUUGUCGGCAGGAUGUGGCGGAAGCUGGCUGCGAAGUCACACCUUCAUGGGCAAAUGGUGCCGUGCUGUUGAUGCCUUUGACACAAGUGCAAGCAGAAGAAACUCAAUUGGAUCUUCGGCCUCAUCACAUCGUUGCCCUGAACGGUGACAAGGACCGCAUACUUGCCGCGCUUCAGACGUUGCCCUGUCGAUCCAGGCCGAAAAUUCGAAACGAAACCGGAUUGCCAAAGCACCAGCGGAAGCAGGUCCCUGCCUGGAAAGAAGAUGUGGACCUCAUCUUGACAGUGGACCGCACCUUUUUGACAUGCAUUCCAGCAGCUCCAUCCGAAGCGGCGCUGGAAUCAGCUCCUUGUGGGGACAUGAAUUCGGCUCAGCCGGUCAACCCUCGCAAGAGAGGCAACUGAAACCCAGG